CGUUGAGGAACUAGCAAGGUGUUUAACAAUUUAUAGGCACUUCAUUGCCACAAUAUGAGCCUGAUGGAAAAUAAUGCAAUGCAUAUGCAAUAGAGCGGUUAUGGGUGACACUGUGAAAGAUUUGGGGCUGGACGUUGCAAAGCUGUCUUUUUGUCAGCAAAAGUUGUGAUAAUUGACAUGUUCAUCAGUGCUUGCGCUGCACAUCACUGGUAAAAGUUUCCUAACUUGUAUGGACUACAUGCAACGUGUGUCAUAUUUCCGGAUCUGAAGUGGCCACUGCCUGCUACCACACCCCCAUUUUUACCGACUCAUUAUAAAAUAGUUAUAUUAUUUUAAUAGUAUCAAAAGUUUAAUAGUAACUUUUGAGUUUAUCAUUGGAGUUGUGGUUGCUCCGCAAAAUGUUCCAUUUUUCGGUUUUCACAAUAUUGACGAAUUCUUUUUUUAAUCACCUAUGCAGUUAGGGGAAGAAAAAAAAACAUUUCUUGUGUUGAAGCAGCUCCCAAAGAAAUUAUUAUUACGUUAUAUUAAUCAAAAAGUAAUUUUAAAAAGCUGUCACUGGAACUUUCACUACAUUAAUUUAAAGUAUUCAUAUUGUAGAGGGAGUAGUCGAUUUUAUUCUUGUAUUUCCAUUAUUAUCUGAAUAAUAAAACUUGUGAGAAUUCAGAGUUUUCGGCAGGGUUGGGGGUUUUCAAAAAUACAAAGAAAGAUGCGAUUUAUAAAUAAUGUGAUUAAGAAAAUGUGAUUAAAAAAGAUUUCUGCCAGGGCGUGAUCAAGACUCGCAUGUUAAGUGUUAUUGAAGGAAAAGCAGUUAAUGCGUUAGUGUGCUUAUGAUAGAGUAAAAACGCAAACGUAUUGCCUUUACACACAUUAAAGUCAGGUUUCCACGUAGAUUGAAUUAUUUGAAGGAAAGCCUGCUUUAUUUGCGAGGUCUUUGAGCGCUGCUGUGUUGCACGUUUUGAAAAAGCAUGGAAGCAUAGAAAUAAGGUGUAAUCAUAAGUAGAAGAGAAAAGGGGAGGGGUGGUGUGGGCGUGCGUGUGUGUGAGAAAGAGAGAGAGAGAGAGAGAGAGCACCAGCGGCAGGGAAACACACCCGUUAACGGCGCGCGAAGGCAAAAAAAAAAAAGGAAAAGAAAAAACAAAGAAGAAAAAAAGGCGAGCGAGAGCGCGGACAAAGAAAACAUGGACGCAGCCACUCAGUAUAUCCGUGCACAUCUACAACUGAAUUUGCUACCAAACCGUCGAGUACAAGAAAUGGAGAACAAUUAGGCCAAAUUAAUGCCGUGGUGGGAAGCGAGUCAUUGCUGCAAAGAGAGCUGUUUUUUUAAUCCGUCUGAGGAUUCCGGGAGCUUGCGAUGGCUGUUGCAGGGAGAUGUUGCAGCUGUGGGGAAAAUGUGCCUCUUCUGUCAUUUUUGACAUUUUUGCUCUGUUGUGGCCUUGCACUUGGACAAAUACGCUAUUCAUUUCAAGAGGAAUCUGACAAAGGAACGGUCGUGGGUGACAUUGCGCAAGAUUUGGGGCUGGACGUUGCAAAGCUCUCGGCUCGGAGUAUCAGGGUAACGGCCGAUGGAGGAAAACGGUAUGUGGACGUGAAUCCGAAAAACGGAAAACUGUUCGUAAACGAACGAAUCGACCGAGAGGCGCUGUGUGACAGGACCGGCGGGUGCGUUUUAAAUUUCGAUUUGCUUCUCGAGAACCCAUCCGAGGUACACAGCAUCGAGGUGGAGGUGGUCGACGCGAACGACAACGCGCCGCAAUUCCCGAGAGAUGAGUACCAGUUGGAAAUAACGGAGUCGGCGUCGCCCACUUCUCGUUUUCCUGUCGAGCACGCGCUGGAUCCUGAUGUCGGGACCAACUCGGUCCGAUUUUACCGGCUCGGGCCAAACGAGCAUUUUGCGCUCGAUUCCAACAAACCGUCGCCCAACAGCAAGCACGUCGAGCUCGUGCUAAAAAAGCCUCUGGACCGCGAGCAGACGCCGUAUCAUCAGUUGAUUCUGACAGCGUCUGACGGCGGCACACCAGCGCUGACAGGUACGGCGAAAAUUAAUGUGCGCGUCUUAGACUCGAAUGACAACAAUCCAGUGUUCGACAGCUCCGUGUACAAAGUGAAACUGCUGGAAAAUUCACCGAAAGACACACUCGUUAUUAAAUUAAACGCCACGGAUCAGGAUGAGGGCACAAACGGCGAGGUGUUCUAUUCGUUUAGCAGUUACACUCCGGAAAGGGUCAGGCAGGUGUUCAGCAUGGACACCAACACUGGAGAAAUCCGAGUCCGGAGCAAUGUGGACUAUGAGGAUACCAACUCGUAUGAGAUGUACAUUCAGGCCAUGGACAAAGGACCGGCUGCAGUUGCGGCCCACUGCAAAGUGGUGGUUGAGGUGGUGGAUGUGAAUGAUAAUGUUCCAGAGAUUGUUCUCUCAUCCUUGUCCAGCCCGGUGCGUGAGGAUGCCCGUGCUGACACCGUUGUGGCCUUGAUCAGUGUCACAGACCGGGACUCUGGCCCAAAUAAGCAAGUGACGCUGGAGAUCCCACUUGGCCUUCCUUUCAAAAUCAAGUCCUUCCGGAACUACUACACAUUAGUAACCUCUGCCUUCUUGGACCGUGAGACCACAGCAGCCUAUAACGUGACCCUCAGUGCCACAGACGGUGGCACACCUCCACUCUCCUCCCGGAAAACCAUUCAGGUGGAUGUGGCAGAUGUUAAUGACAAUCCACCACGGUUUGAACAGACCUCUUACACUGUGUAUGUUAUGGAGAACAACGCACCUGGAGCCUCUCUUUGCACUGUCAAAGCUCUUGACUCAGAUGUCAAUGAGAACGCCCGCAUCACCUACACUGUUCUGAAUGACAACAACCAUGGCAUUCCUGUCACUUCCUACGUUUCCAUCAAGCCAGACACAGGUGUGGCUUAUGCUCUCCGUUCCUUUGAUUAUGAGUCACUAAGGGAGUUUCACUUUCAGGUAAAAGCACAGGAUGGGGGCAUUCCACCCCUCAGCCGUGUGGCCACUGUAUAUAUCUAUGUAAUGGACCAAAAUGACCACCCUCCAGAGAUUGUGAACCCUCCAGCCAAUGGGACACGUUCUACAGAGACAGUGUUGAAGAACAUUGAAGCAGGUGCUCUGGUCACCAAGGUGGUAGCAUAUGAUGCAGAUGCUGGACAGAAUGCUUGGCUUAUUUAUGUUUUGGAUCAGUCUACUGAUCUGGAGCUGUUCAAAGUGCAUGAGCACACGGGGGAGAUCCGUACAACACGCAGAGUCCUGGAAGACAACUCGACCUCGUUCAGUCUCAUUGUGCUGGUGAAAGACCAUGGAGAUCCCCCACUCUCCUCUACUGCCACCAUCAACAUUGCUGUCAUGGAAGUCCCACCUAAAGUCACCCCUGACCCCAAGAGGAUAAUGCGCCCUCACAGCACACCUCUCUUUUCUAAUGUAACACUCUACCUAAUUGUAGCACUCAGUGCCACAACUUUCGUGUUUCUGGUCACAGUGGUGGUAUUGGCCAUAGUGCGGUGUCAUGCCUAUUGUACCCAACCUGGCUCAUGUUCACCCUGCUGUGUGUCUCAGAAGGGCACACAAGAUGGUGGGUCUGGAGGAGGUGCAGGUGGAGGGUCUCAAGGCAACAACAACGUGGUCCUCCGCCGAGAUCUCAAAGUCGAACCUCACUAUAUUGAGGUUCGCGGAAAUGGCUCUCUGACUAAGACCUACUGUUACAAAACCUGCUUGACUGCCACAUCAGGCAGUGACACGUUCAUGUUCUACAACACGGGCCGGCCCAUCAGUGGUACCUGGGGUUCAGAGCGCUUCUUCACAAGUGGCAGUGGCUUUGUGCGCAGGCUCAGCAUGCCAGAUGCAGCAGUACAGCCCAAGGGACCGAAUGCUGACUGGCGGUACUCUGCAUCUUUGAGGGCAGGAGUGCAGAGCUCUGUUCACAUGGAGGAGGCCUCAGCUGUGAUGCAGGGAGCACAAGGUGUGCUGGUGCAGAAUUGGCCUACAGUGUCCAGUGCUGCAGAUGGAGAGGCUGAAGGACAGCUCUCUCCUCCUGUCGGAGCUGGGAUCAACAGUAAUAGCUGGAGCUUCCGUUAUGGUGCUGGACCAGGCUACGGUCCUCCACAGGCCCUGAAGCCAGGCGAGAUCCCUCCUGAAGCCUUCAUCAUUCCUGGCUCGCCUGCUAUCAUCUCCAUCCGGCAAGACCCAGGAGCCAUGGAUGACAAGGGGGACUUUAUUAGCUUUGGCAAGAAAGAGGAUCCCAAGAAGAAGAAAAAGAAGAAGAAGGAGAAAAAGGACAAAAAGGAAAAGGGCAAAGAUGAUGGCGAGGAGUAAAGGAGAAUUUGGUUGUUUCAAAAACAAUCUACCUAGUGAACUCACAGAAAUGAAAAAUCAAGAAAAAUCGGAAAAGUAAUACAGCAUAGAGCGGAGAGUCCUUUAAUUGCAGCUCUCAAUGUGGGGAUAUUGAUUUGCCAGCCCCGCCCAGUGCUGAUCAUUCUCUCUUCUCUUUGUACCCAACCUCAAAUGGCUCCAAUCUUUAAACCAUGACGGCUCCCAGUAGGCAAUAAAUUGGCUAUUUCACUACUCAGUGUGUCCAGGAAGUUUUCACUCCUUGUGUUUCUAUGAGGUAGUUAUAAAUCUAACGACAAUACAUUAUAGCAUUUAUUCCAAAUAUAUCCAUAAAUUGCAUAUAUCUGUAAGUCUAAUAUAUAUGAGUGGAGUCUUUUUCUGAUUCUAGACAUCCUCCCGACUCCAUUACUAUGCCAGGAAUUUGUACCGUAAACAACAAAAAAGUGAAUGAAAUAUGAUCUGGGCAGCAUUAUGUGUAUGUGUGUGAUGCGGAGGAGAACCAUUCAGGGGUAGUACAAUAGUCAUGUUUAAACUGAAUAAUUUCAGGGUUUGUGCUCACAGAGCCCCCUGCUGCCUUUGAGUGGCACACUAAUGCUGAAUCCUCAUGUGUGCUCUACUACUUGCAAAAAAAACCCCUCCAAAACCGACAUUUAAAUUCUUCUUCGCUUGAAAGUAUAUUUCUAAACACACACACUUGCUCCAUAUGUUGAAUUCAUGGUCAGAUCUAGUAGUAAAGUAGAAUCCACUGUCCAAUAAGUCCGAUAUUAAUAGACCAUAUUAAGGCCGUUGUAGGAGCACAGCCUCUUAUGUCAUAUACGCAGGAAUGUUGCUUGUUGCUUCAUUUCAAAGUAGGCCUGUUAAACUUUCACCUCUGCUGUGACUCACCCCUCAGUAUGCCAGACCUUUGGCUUUCAGUGCUUGUAAGUUUUGCUCACACUCUUUAGGUCCUCCUCCAUGUUUACAGCCGUGCACAAACAGAACUGCCCUCUUGUGGCCGUGAUGUGGGACUGAAUAACGGAGAUAAACCCACUCCUUGACUUGUAACCUCUACACUCAGAUCAAGCCUCAGCACUGUUACUGGAACUUUCUAUCCUUCCCCAGGGAGCAUACGUACACGAGCCACUUCCAUCCAAGUAAAGCAAUUGCUCAAGCAGCAGUGAAAAGUGUUCUGACUUGUUCUUUUGAGGAGGUGGUGUAGACAUAAAUAUUCAAUUUUGAGGAGUGUGGUUUGGUAUACAGAGAUGUACAGACAGCUGAAUAUGGUAAUAAACCAAGCCGAGCUGCAUGAUAGCACUGGAGACCUCAGCAGAAGGUUUCAUGUCUGUGAUUUCUUUUUUUUCCUUUCUUGAGGGAUUCCUGAUCCCUCUACUUUAAUUUUUUUCCAAAAUGUUACUUUAAUUUGUCUUGGCAGUAGGGCUAUUGAUCAAGGUAUAGGAUGGAUGUUAGUGCUGCUAUAAUCGAUAACACACACACACACACACGUGCACACACACACACACACACACACACACACACACACACACACACACACACAGUACAGCCUUCUUCAGGUGUGGUUUAGUGCUGUCAGAUCACUAAGUGACUGCUUGCAUGUGUGAUACACAGAUUAAAUAAACGAUUAUAUAGAUAUAGAUAUAUAUAGAUAUGCUUUUCAUAUUUAUUUUUAACCAUUCCUCUUGUAAUUAGAGACAUGCAUCGUCUCUAAUGAAACACGUAGACAUGUAUCUAAUUGCUCAUUCAGAUUCAACUGUACAAGCACAUACUGUAGGUCAUUGAUGCAAAACCACCAGGGGAACAAUGUUGUCCCUAUGACAUCAUUGUUAACCUUAACAUGAUAGAUAUAUGUAUUGCUGUAGUGAUAUGCUAUAAUUCUUUUUUUAAACCAUAAAUAUAUUUGAAAAUCAUGAACAAACCAAGUAAUGUGGAACUGCUUCAUAUAUCCCCUCCUAUGAUAUCAACCUUGUUUUCCAUUAAAACGAUUUUAAAAAAUCACAAUAAAAACAUCAAAAUGAUAAAUGCAACAAAAAAAAAACUGUCUAUGUACUCUGCUUGUGUGUAGUGAAUGUUUAUUAAGUCGAUCAAUGCUGAGAUGGCAAUUUGCUCUUGACUUUGACGGUGCAAAUCUAUUGAACAACCUUUUUUUGUACACCUGCUCAUCAGUGUAGUCGUGAAAUAGCGUUUUUUUCCUUUUCUUUCCCCCCUUUUUUAUAUCACUUUAUGAAAUCUAUUAAUGUGUUUUGUUUAUAAACCACAAAUAAAUUUUUUUCAUAAGU